AUGUCAGACUACAUUCCUUCGGAAAUCCUAGUGGAAAUCUUCAAAAGACUUCCUGUGAAGUCAGUUCUUCAACUAAGAUCCCUCUCAAAACGAUGGAAAUCUUUGAUUGACAGCUCUGAGUUCAUUGCUGGUUACGGGGCCCACCAAACUCAGCCACGGAGUCUACUUGUAACCUACAACGAUCCAGAGAGCCAACACCGGGACCAAACAUAUGCUUCAUUGGUUGAUGAUGAGACCUUCGUCCAACAAGAGAUCCGUCCAAUGCUUCCUGAGGUCACUAAACAACUUUUGAUGUGA